AUGAAAGGUGUAGGUUACUGGCAAGUCUUAAUGGUAAACUUAACCAGACUUCAGCACAUCUCACUUCACUGUGUGUAGAUGUGUAGACAUUGUUUAGCAAAUUUCCGAAGUAGGCCUACUGUCCUGUGUCUAUAUAUAUAGAUAGACAGAUCUAGAUCUAGAUGUAGAUCUGUUGUUGUGUUCGUCUUAUUCUGACCAGAGUGUGAUCAUGAGCUCUUGUUGACUAGUGGAUUUACUGCAGAGUCUAUACAAGCACGCUUAGAUUUGUAUUUUAUUUCUGGUGUUGACAACAUUUCAAUGGGCAGAAAAUCAAAGUCUUCUGUUACAGUCUAUCAACCAGAUCUUGACGGAGACAAUGGUGAAGACGGGGAAGCAGACCUCACCAUGGAUGACGUAGAGGUCUCCCAGCUAACCAGCGGAACCACAUCUUCAAGGAACACAAGCCCACAAAACCACGAGGUGGAGACACUAAGUGACCCAUUCCUACACACGAAUGACAUGCUUUCGAUCUUCGAUGGCCCAGGUAAAUUCCGAAUGUACUACUCCGCAUACCUAUGCUGUGCACAGAAAGACCUGUCCUCCUUUGGGCUUCCAUUUCAUGCCAUGCUUGAGAAAAUUGGAUUCAAAAUCUUCCUCCCACCUCGAGAUCUUGUCAUCACUGGCCCCAUGUACGAGAAUAUGGCGAGGGCCUUAGAAGAGCGGUGCAACGGGAAAAUUAUCAUCGUCCUCUCCUGCAACUACCUGGACUCGGAGGAAUGUUUGUUUCUUACAUACUUCGCCAGAGUCUUGGAUCCAGACGCAAGGUACAGAAAUCUGAUCCCAGUUCAAAUCGACAAAGAAAUCGGCGACGUGCCAAGCGUACUUAAAGGCAUGUCCAUCAUACGAUAUAAUCAAGCUUUCCGUCUCGGCUGGUUGAAACAGAAGUUGAUAGACGCCAUUGCUGCCUGACAGCUGGAUGAAAAGGGGAGACAAAAAGACAUUGUGUAUUGGACCUAUUUUCCACGAGCAGUGAUUUCCCUUUGCUUCACAAAUGGAAACGAUUGAUUUAAAUGUGUGGUUGAAAAUUAAAAUUUAAAAGCUUUGAUGUGAUGUGUUCAUGAGACUUUAUUCUUAAUAUAUAUAUAUGAUAUGAAUCAUGACUUUUCAGUAUUGUCUAUAUGUGUACAUAAUUGUAAUAUAGUAAGGUAAUAAGUAUUUAGACUCUGCCUAUUUUUAAAAUAUCCAGAGAUGUAAACAUGUGCUUUAAGUAUUAAAAAAGCAUGUGUCCAAUAAAUAUAAUAAAAUUGUUGUAUUUUAA